AUGAACUCAGUGGAAAACUUUCGACUACAGGAACGAGUGAAAACAAUCGACUACGAGAGUCAACAUAACUAUUCACAAAUAUCGGACGAAAUCGAUGGUGUUCGCCAAAACCUGGUCAAAAUCAAAGGUGUGAAGAAAAAUGUUGGUGUAAGCGUGGAAAGGAGGAAGCUUCUGCGGGAUAAAGGACUAAGGAUUUUGCCUUCCAAAGAUAAGAGUAAUGCAGAAUAUUUUACGGUGCGUUCAUCAUGCGGAAAGGACAUCAAUAUACCUUGUUCGGAUUUUUAUGACGGAGACACUCUUAGGAAACAGCUGAGUAUCGAUAAAUUGAAAUCGUUAGCGGCACCAAAUCUUGACGUAGAAAAUUCGGACAAUGAGGAGCUAAUUGAUCGCUCCUCGGCUGAAACUCGAGGACGGUCUCACAGCUUAUGGAAAGAUUUCCGUUACAGAAACAUAACGCCCCCUUUAAGGCCAGGUUCCAGGAGAAACUUUAGGGAUGUGGAAGAUGAAAACUCUAAAGAUGAAGAGAAACUGCUUAGCCUCGACGACAUCGGUAAUAUAGAGAGGAAGUAUGGAGUUUUGAGACCACAAACUGCGCACCUGAAGAGAGAUAAGGAGAUAGUUCUACGGCCAAGGAGUCGCACAUGCCCAGGUAAUAUUCAAGAGAACAGAGGAAGUACUCCGCGCAGAAAAAUGUCGCGUAAAAGUUCUUCGACAACCGGAAAUGUUAGGAAGAAGUCUCGUGGCAGUGAUUCUGUAACCAGCGAAAAGAAAACUGACGAAAAAUCAGCCGACCUACAACUGGAAAGCGGACUACGAACAGAAGCGAACUUUUUGUCGGAAGAAAGCAGUGAUAACGUUGUGUUGGAAGAGACAAUUUCUCUGGAUCUGAAGCCUUCGUUAAGGCCAAAAAUACGUCCCAGAUCUAUGACUGUUGCUUCUAUGGCGGGAAAAAAAGGAAUUUCUGGUACAGUUGCUGACCUGAGACGAAUGAGUUUGGAAAGUAGUACAAGUAGUGUUCACCUUCCACCUGCUCCAUCGAAUGGAAAUUGGUUUCAUUCCAAGUCGCCAGAAACAAGCCCUCGAGUUCCGAAGAAAAAAGUUGUGGCUGCCAAUCAUGUAAAGGAAGAAAAUGAUGAACCGGAUGGAGACCAACGAAAGUUUUCUAAGCUUUCAGAGAGGAAAGUUUCGUGGAAGGACUCUGUUCACGAUGCUAGCGAUGAAAUGGACAGUGGAAAAACCAGAGGCGAGGUUACUGAUACUUCCCUGCCUUCCAACGCAGAAUUAAGGAAGCCGAGAACAAACGGUGUACUAAGCGCCGCUACACGCGCGCAAAGCGCUCCCCAAGGGCGUCCAGGCCUGUCCCGUCAUCAAAGCUCGACAUUGAAAAAAGUUUCAAAGAUAAACGGAAGGCGGAACAGCGCUGGAGAUUUUGUCUACGACGCAAGGCCUGACAAAGCACUGAGUAAAGGCUACAUGACGAUGCAGAUGACAAUCGGUGGUAAGCAAGUCAGGGUAUACGUACCCAAGUUUUCAACCAGCGAUUGCAUAGAUGAUGUCACGCCAGCGGAGAGGGCUCGGGCCAAGUCAGCUCUAAAAGCUGCUGGAGGGACUGGAAGGAAACUGACGGCUAAAAACAAAUAGCUGAUGUCUCAGACACUCCAGACGGUCGACCACUUAGAACCGAUACUUAUUGCGUUAUAAAAAAUAGUAUCCAUCCGCCAUAUGAAAGUGGAUGUCACAACAUAUAAAUCUUAAAAAAAACCCUCAUAUAAAGAGAUAAAGCUUUUAUGAAUAUAUACAAUUUACAUUCACGGCACGAAAUAUUACCUGCAUAAUGUACAAAUUUACAAAUAAUAAAUGAACACUAUAGUUGUAAGCUCUGGUGUAUGUUGCUGUUUUGGUUUAUUUUUUCUCGCACGUGGUUCCACCUUAGUACACGCUCACGCGUAGAUACGGAAUAAUCAACCUUGAAUCAUGAAAGGGAUGAAUCAGAAAAUUAUAUGGUACUUGUCAGCUGGCAUACAAUAAAGAAAAUCACUAAGUUUUCAAACACUUUUCAGGGCACGUUGUUGAAGUCCUGUAUGUAAUAACUGUCCUAAAUGUAAUAAAGUCCUAAAUGUAAUAACAUUUGGUCCUAAAUGUAAUAACAUUUGGUCCUAAAUGUAAUAAAGCCCUAAAUGUAAUAACGUUCGGUCCUAAAUGUAAUAAGCCUCCUAUGCAAUCGUUUAACUGCGCUAACAUUGAAAUGUUAAAGUGACAGCUGUUGCACCAAAGAAUCCUCUGACCAAUAUUUAUAGAAUAUUGCGGGCUCAUUGAUAUUAAUCAGCGGCUUUUUAUUUGUUAAAGACGUAAAUUGAGAAGCAUUGGCUACAAAACCUUAUUCUGAUACUGAUGUGCUUUUGGCAUCAAAUUGACGGACGCAAAAGCAACAAGAACGUUGACUAAUAGCUCUCUCUAUAUCAUUGGCUCAGACUCUUAAGUGUAACAGAUUUUGACGAAAUACUUCUGUCGUCAGUGCUGAAGUUAACACUUGAUGAACCAAAUUACAAGGAAAAAGAAGUCCACCGACUUAUACGUUAGACAAAUUCUGGGCUCAGAAGGGCAUUUUUUGUACUUUCUUCCCUUGCCAGAUUUGUACGGGUUUGCAUAAAAUAUAUUCAUAUACGUUAUUGACCGAACGUGAGGUCAAAAUGGCUAUAUAUUGGCCGAGUUCUUUUUUUUUUUUUUUUGCGUUUUUAUGGACUGAGACGAAGUCACGGUCCAUAAAAAAGUAGGUAAAGAACGAGGCUAAUAUCCAGUAAUCUUGACCAUACAAGCUUGGUCAAGAGAGUUUAUAUUCUCUUGGCUUUAUCAUUAAAGGAUUCAUUGUAUAGCAAAAGAUUUCGCUUUGAUAAGAAUCAAGAAUGGCCUGUUUAUUUCGAGAGCCGAUAGUGAAAGCCAACUGUGUUUGCAGCACAAUAAACCCAAGAGGGUCGUUUAUUUUUUCUAUGUAUAUAUGCAAACAUUGUCCAAAAGUUACGAACUUUGUAAGUUUUCUUGCGUGAGAUCAAUACGGGGGAUCCCGAACGGGCGAGGGUGGGCCCAUCAUGCCCGCUCAGGUAGCCAAUCAGAACACAGGAUUCACUUCAUCUUGCCCGCGUGUGCUGCUAGCUAUAUGAUAAUGUGACUUGCAGAGCAAGAUAUCGACUGACCAAUCAUAUGUUAUCCCAUUUCACGAUCACAGGUCUCGACAUGUUGCCUUUUUUCCACGCAAGAGUCAAAUUGAACCAUUGAGCUACACCAUUCAACACAUGAUGGUCAGUUGACGGUCUAACUUGGGGGAACCAUUCAUUUUUUUCCUUUAGCCCCUUAUGACGGGUUCAUCAGUUUCCGAACCGAAAUAUUAGGAAAACAUACAUUUUACAGUUGAUCUUUUUUUUCAUUUGUUCAUUUUUUGUCUUCACCUCUUCUCCCCGCCGUGAGGGGAGAAAAUGAAUAGAUAAAUAGAUUAAUGAAAAAAGAAAGCUCAACAGUUUCCACUUAUAGUCAUAUGGUACAUGAACUGAUUACUGAGGUGGAGUAAAGCCAUAGAGGGCUGGAAAUGCAACACCCCAGGUUCAAAAUUGAAUAAAUCAGGAUAGUCAUUCUUAAAAAUGAACUCAAAUGCUUCAUUAGAAUCAAUUGACACUGAAUAACAUUGAUGUGCAAAAUUUCAAUAACGCUACUGAUAAUAAUAAUUUUCUUUUGGAUUAACAUGUGACACAGCGAAAUCAUUCAAACUGCUCUAAAAUGGUGCAUCACUUCUAAAGACUAUAACACGAACGAUAACAUCAACAAUAGCAUGCUAGUUCAUCAUCAAUUGCAGUCAAUUUCUUUUCCAAAAAGUCUUAAUGGUUACGUACCAAUCGAUUCCAUCCUAUUGAGCUUCCAGCCAAGCACUAGCCCACUUUGAGCUGGAAAUGAUUUUCUUCAACUCGAUCAAUAAACCGCUUUAAGGACCAUACUUCGACUGCUGAUAUUUCUUAUGUCUAGCAAGUAAAAAGACGCUGAUUGAUAUCAGCGGGCCCAUAAUGUGACAUGUAUACUGGUCAGCGGUUUUUUUGGUGCAACAGCUGUCACUAACAUAUCAAUGUGGAUGUCCGCCAUAACAACAAUGCACUGCAGGAGUUAAACGAUUGCAUUUAAGGCUUAUUACAUUUAGGACUAAAUGUUAUUACAUUUAGGACUUUAUUACAUUUAGGACCAAAUGUUAUUACAUUUAGGACUUCAACACACGUAACGUUUUAGCGCUUUUCGGUUGGGUGUCGAAGUCCAAAAAGACCACAUUAAUCACAUCGGCCAAACAGAACAAAGGUAAAUAUCGCCAGUAUCAAAUAGGAAUUCACAGAAAAAAAAACACUCAAACGAACCGCCCGAACCGCAGGAAAACUCAAGUGACCAACUCGUGAGUGGUUUUAGUUCUACAUCUGAUUGGUUGAGCGGGUGGCCUAAAAUAUUUUACACCAAUCAUAGAGCGCCUUAUAAUAGAACCAAUGCUCAGUACGAGAUUACAUCCUGAAAACCCUUGGUUGACAAAAACUUGAAUCCUUUACAACCUAUCAUCAGUUUUCAUAUUCUCAGUUCACACUGUUCUCUUUACAUUUCCUAAGGUAUUGACGAGCCGGAGAAUUUGCUUAACAAACGACGGCUUCUUUAGUUGGUGAUAAUUUAUUUUGUUCUCUUGACCUCAAUGUUUGAUUCAGGAGUAAUAUGGAGAGGAGACAUUAGUUGCUAGUCACUCUUAGGGGUUAAAAGGUUACAGCUGGAAGCUACUAUUUCCAGCGCUACUUUGUCAAAGUCCGUUGUUAAUAACGGAAAAAGUAUUACCUUACGCAUCGUGACAUGCAUUCAGUCUACGAUAUUUGCAGCUGUUUUUUAGUCUUUGUUGUCUCCCUAAUUGAAGGACAGAAAAAGGCCAAAAAUAAGAAGAAUGAAUUAAAAAGGCCGAGAGUGGUUAACGAAUAAAGGCAAGAGAAAAUAAUGAGACUUUAUCUUCUCUCGACAGAGGAGACAAACACGGAUCGCUAAUCCGCUGAAUUUCAAGAUGCAGAAGUUUUUACAUGGGUCCAUGAAGUUAUCGAGUUAUAUCACUGUAUACGUUAUUUCACAGGCUAACAGCAGUAUCAGUCAUUUCGACGAAACAUUGAGUUGCUUCCUCUUCACAAAUUGUAUUGCUUCUGAGAUGUUGACGAUUGUUAUUUUGUGGCUGUAAAAAUGUUGAAAGGCUAUACGCUACAAAAACCAGCAGUAAAAAAAUUAAUCCAGUGUCGAGUUUCCGAAAAGAAGACGAAAUAAACAAUCGUUUUGUUGUUCAUGGCAAGCUUUCGCCAUUAUUCGACUGUACUGCCCGAUAUUUGUUGGCGGUCUGACGUAAAAGGAACAGGUUACCUCAGUAAGUAAAAGGUUGACUUGUUAAUAUAAUAGCUUAUGAACCUAAGUAAAUUAGAAAAUACAAUUCGAUAAGUUUCUUCUACGUUAGCAAUGAAGUGCUUCCACAAGUGAAAGAAUCAAACUGAAAUUAACUGUGACCUUCUUGCAUUUACGAGUAAAAUCCGUCCUUUUCGAGACCCUUAACUGAUAUACUUCCGCUACACUCACGGUAAGUCAUUCGUAAGCUGUACGUCACUGAAACCUACGUCAACAGAUAGGAAUAAAUUUUGUUGACCAUUGGCUAAUAGCUAUUGAAUCAUAAUUCAUUCUCUCCUCUUUGAUUCAACUUAAGUUUUGCAUAGAUGUUAUCUGAAUAUCUAUUGUUUUAAUAAUGGAAUAUUACUUCUCUACGGAGUGUUAACAUUGUCAUCAACCUUUGCCCCAAAAUCAAAGUUGAUAAAUAACUUUUCAGUUCUCUAUCUACGCAAUGGAUCAUAAACUUUGAUUAAACAAACGCUUUGCUCUUUAUAUUUAAAUGCCAUUAAGUAAGCGAUGUUAAGCUCUUUUAAGAUUCGAUGUCAAACAGCUUUCCAUUGCAAGGGACUUUUGGCGGUUCCUUGCAUCUAAAUGUAAAUAUCUGUUUCGCGUACAUGCUAAUUGCUGUCAAUCUAUGAAGCGUCAAAAUUGAUGCGUAAAAUCUAUUAGCUGUUAAUAAAGGGUUCUUUUAUCAAAAGCUAUUUAUAUUGCAUUAUAUUUCAGAUUAGUCUAGACAAAGACUCGUUUCUGGAGUAGGUAUUUCUGACAUAUCUUCUUCAGUGUGUUAAAUUAAGGUUGAAAGCUUUCGGUGUAGAAUCGCAAAAUCGGAAGUAGGUUAUCGAAAGUUGAGAUCAGUCUCCGAAGUUGCGUGAUCACCCACAUGCAAAUGAAAGUGACGGUUCGCUUACCAUUGUACACUAGUAUCUUGGAUACAGAUGAAGUGUUUUGCUGUUUGGAACUCUAAAGUAAUCCUUUGUUUACCAGAAGCCGCCUCACGGAGCCUUGAUGAUAAAAUUAUGCGAAAUAAUGUCUUUUCAUGGUUCUGAGAUGUUAAUACCAUCACAGAAUGGCUAUUUCAGCAAAGCAGCAAGGGACAUCCGUUACGUGUGAAAGUCUUAUAAAGACACGUCGAUUAAAUGAAACUGAAUCCUUCCUCUUGGAGGAAAGACUCAAGGUCUUGGAUAAUAAAAAAACCCAAAAGAAUGCUGAGUACAGAGUGGAAAAAUAUUCGCUUCAGAAGAAGAUUAGAGAAAUACAAAAUGUUCGGAAAAAUCCAGGAAUAAGCCCGGAAAGAAGAAAGCUUCUGCGCUCUCAAGGGUACGCUAUCGACGGUCGCGCGGCCUUGGCUAGUUCUGAAGACAUGCCGGUGGCUUACAAGAGAUUUUCGAUGCCUGAUAUGAACGGUAGAGACUCUCGUAGUCGUAGACGUCCCAGAGGUUUGAACUUGCGUCACAGCGAGCCUACUAUGAAGACAUUUUCUCAAAUGACCCUUCAAGAUGAAAGAGGAAAAAAGGAAGAAAGCUCAGCUGUAAACAAAGAACAACAAAGUGAUCCUGCUGGUUCGGCGCGGGCCAAAGUGAGGCUACAGUUCCGUGUUAUUGAACCUCCAUGUCGACCUGGAUCGCGAAGAAACUUUAUCCAGUUGUCUGACGAGAAACUAAAGGAAUUGAAAGAGAAAGAAGAUAAAGAAUCAAAAGAAACUUUACUUGACCCAAGACUAAAGUUAGAUCAUAGGGGUGUUAUUGUGACCCAUAGACUGGUAAAAUCUUUGCGCGACACAUCACAUGCAGAAACGAUUAAAAGCAAUGGACGGGAAGACAGAGAGACUGAAGAAAAGCGUCAAAGGGAAAUGUCGUUUAACUCGGACACACAGGCUCACACUGAAAUCUUUGAGGAUGGUAACACAAAAGAAUUAGAGUCCAGAUUUCAAAUAAAUGACAGGAAAUUAAUAUCUAAGUCGUGCGAGAGCUUGGAUAGCAUAACGGAAGUUCGUGUUCCAGACAGCCCUCCAGACUGUCUCGAUAAUGGAGUUUCAUUGCUACAAAAUGUGAUUGUGGCCAGCAGCCGUGAGCCACAUCAUGAUCACAAGUUAAUCACGAGUAGAGAACUCAACAAAGUGCGCAAACAUGCUAGCACCAGGCCUCCGGCGCGGUUGGCAUUUGUUGAUUCACCAGAUUCAACUCCAGAUGCAAAUAAUCAAAGUACUUUUAAUUCUGAGAUUGAAUUACGACAACCGAAAGUGCAUGGCUUACAGCACAGUAACAGUGUAAAUAACACAGAUAUACAGCCAUCCCAUAGUGACAAUCGAAAUUUUUCUGAAAGUACGUCCACCGAAAUUAAACAAUCAUCCCACCAAAAAUUGGCAGAGGAACAAAUAAGGAGAAGAGCAACCUUACCUCCAGGGAAGUUCCACGCCGUGUCAAGUCAAAAUGAUGUCACUCUAAACCAUGAUGCAAGCAAAAGAGAUUCUCAAAGGCUAAGUAUACCUUCGCUGGGCAAGAACGUUCGCAAGUCUAAAAGGUCCGUAUUUACUUGGCAGCCCGUGCGAAAUACCAAAGGAGACGCGGUGACAUACGCA